AUGAAGGUUCAAAAGGCCACCUUCCCAAUCCAUUCUUUCCCUGCAACACCCGACGACUCCCACCAAUUCUUUACUACUAACAUCCAACCUUUACAAAACUUGCUUGGCGAUAUCAUGUAUACUUCAAACCUUUCAGUUUCAUCAGAAAAUGGCCGUGGCAACGGUGAAGAAAUCAUUGGCGAGAUCAUUCCAGAGAAUUCCAGACAGAUAUUUGCCGCAGCGGGAAACGCGAGGCCGGUCGACCUUCCCGACCAUGAGAAUGAAUUUCUUAAGCGGAUGAUGAGGGAGAGCUUAGAAGAGAUGCUGACCGUGCCGGGAUACAUGCAACUCGCGAAGGCUCGAUCACUCAAUAUGAGCCCGAAUUUGGCGGCAGCCUUUGAGCCGAACUCAAGAGGCGUGAACUUCAGCUCGCCGAUGUUACCCGGGACGGCUGAAGAACUAGAAGGGCUUCCGACUCCCAGUGAAGACUUCAAGCGGCUGAUGACGGAGAAGCUUGAAUACGCCAUGACUUUUCCCGAGGUGAUGCACUUUGCGAAGGCCCAGGCACAACAUAGCCCCUCCCCGGCGAGUCCUCCGACUCCGAGUGCAGUGGAGAAUGAACAUGGCUCUUACCAUCCUCCAAGCCAUCCCGUUCUUCGUAGCCCAUUCAAACACCAGGACAAGCCGGUUCGCGAGCAAGAGGUUUACAACUACGUGCAAGCCCAGGACCAUCGCCCACCCCAGCCACUUUUCCACCCAGGAACUCGAUCCCACCCAUCCCAAGAACCAGAUGAAAUCUACCCAAUGGGCCUCAACCCCGACUCAUGGGAAACAUUUGAAGCCAAUCGAUAUGAGCUAAACAAUAAGCCAGUUGGCGACCUUCACGGUUACACCUACAUGCAACCCCUGAACCAUCGCCCAUCCCAUCCGAUCGUCCAUCCAGGAACUGACUCCUACUACCCACCUUCAAGCGAAUGCAAUAUCUGCGCAAUGAACCUCAUCGCCGACCGAGGUGAAGGAGUUGAAGCCAAUCAAUAUGAGCAAAGAAAUACGCACGGCCCCCAAGAUUUUGCAGAUCCAACAAUCGAUGCCAGGUUCCGUCACUUGUCUGAUACUCCGAAUCCCAGCCUAAAUUUUGCCGGAAUGGCUGAAUACGAAUAUUGA